UUUAUGAAGGUACUAGCUGGUGCAGUGCUGGCAAUAACGUGAGCGAGAUGUAUUGUCGAGUGCUCGAGAAUGCGUGUGCACUCUUAGGAUUUGUUUAUUUUUUUAUCAGGGGAAUUGAGAGUGUUGGAGCUGCUGGGAAACCCAUUUGGAAUGCUACGUGGACAGAUCAGCUGAAGCGUGAUCUAUUUCUUCAUUAUGACAAGUACGCUAGGCCAACACAACACUAUAAUGUCACGACAGUUCAGUUUGGAAUGAAAGUUUAUCAUAUUUCUAUAAAUGAGUUAAAAUCUGCAGUGGAUGUACGGGCCUACGUCAAAAUGAUAUGGACCGACGAUAAACUAAAAUGGAACGCCUCGAAUUAUGGAGAGCUGAAUCACCUUCAAGUGGGUAAUCACGAGGUUUGGCAGCCAGACAUAACACUCUUAAACAGCGCAGGAGCUUCAUCGAUCGAACCUUUCAGUGAUGCACCCUGUCACAUUCACCAGACGGGAUUGGUCAUAUGCACACCACCAACACAAUUUCUCGCAAUCUGUGAUCUUGAUUUUCACUUCUGGCCGUACGAUACUCAAACCUGCAGUAUCGAACUCGCCUCCUGGGCGUACUCGGGCAGUCAGAUAGAGUUGAAGUUUCCGAUUCAUGAAAGUGCAGCUGAGAUCAACUUGAUUCAGAAUAGCGAGUGGAAACUCAUCGGAGUGACGAAACUGCGGAAAGUCACGACCUACGAGUGCUGCGUUGAUGAACCUUCUAUUCGUCUUCGGUUCAAUUUCACCUUGAAGAGGAAUUCGACACUUUAUGCGAGUGUUUUCGGCACGCCCACUGUUUUUAUUGUCUUCAUGAAUUUGGCAAUAUUCUGGCUGUCACCGCAGAGCCGAGAGCGACUGAUUCUCUGCAGCCUUCUGGCUCUCAUAAUCUCCUUAUUUCUCUUGUAUUUCACACAUUUUAUACCAUCGUCACCGAGAACCCCUCUGAUAGUGAGCUUCUACGCAGGCUGCCUCCACCAGGUGACGAUAUCCUCGGUGAUUUCGGUUGCAGUAUUAGUUUUGUCUGGAAGACCCUACUGUCGACCCCUCCCUCGAAUUGUUAAGAAAAUCCUCAUGGGACAGAUUGGAAAAUACCUGGGGCUUUGCGAUCUUAUUCAACUUCUACACUCGCAGCGACCAGGUGCCGACGAAGACCGCAGGGGCACAUGCUUCAGUGAGUCAUCCCUCUACCCCUCAACCCCACUAUCAAACGAGCCGGACAACGAGGACAAGGAAAAUAUGAUCGCCUCAUCUUCGAGAACAUCUCAACUCGAGUGGACUCUAGCUGCAACAGCUAUAGACAGAAUUUCAUUCCUAAUUUUCUGUUUUGUGUUUUCAGUGAUGGGCAUCACCUGCAUGUCUUAGAUACUCAAUAUUUUUUAUUUCAUGAUUUAUCUACCGAGAAGCUAUAAAUUGUAAAACAUGUCAAAUACAAUUAAUAGAAUUGAUAAUAUAGAGUAUAUCUUU